AUGGGCAUCGUGGAUGUUCGGCACUCCGAGAUCACCAGCGGAACCUGUCGAGUUGCGUUGCCUUGCGAUCACGACAUCUCACUUUGUGAAGAAGAGUUCGAAGCACUCACAGACAAGCAAUGUCGAGCCGCAACCUGCAAAGAAUGCUCCGCCUUCAUCCUCCAAGCAAACGACAAAGAUGAAGUCAAGGCAUUCGACGAGCACGCCGCGCUCCAAAAGUACCACAACGCCCACGACGGCUGGCUCGCCCUCGACGCCGAAGACUACGACAUCACCCGUCGCAACUACUUCACCUUCCCCACCCAACUCCUCAACGACGCCGCCCCCUCCGCCCUCCAAAGCCUCACCACCCCACCCUGGAUCCAACCUCCCGAAACCUCCUUCGCGCACUCGUCCGCCACCGCCUCCGCACUCAAACACUUCCAAAACCUCUUCACCCCACCCUCCAGCACCUUCAAAGAGCGGCCCAACAAACUCCUCAACGACCUCUGCGACCUCUUAUUCUUCCAAGUCCAGGCCGCCCUAGGCUAUGACCUCGAAACGAUGCUGCCUGGCUGGAAGCGGUUUCUGAGGAUAUGGAUGUUGAGGGCCAUGAAUUUCGUUACGUGUCGGUGUUGUAUUCAGGGGGGUUCGGAGCACAGAGGGUUUCAUUACCAUGAUGGGAGCGAGUUGUAUUGGCAGGAUACUGGGAAGGCGGCGGAGAGGCUUGGGGAGGAGAUGGAGGAGGGGUUGAGGAUUGUGGACGGGCCGGGGGGAGAGAGGGAGGGGUGGUGA